AUGGUCUUCCCAUCUGCUUGUACCCAUCUGUCUCUUGACUUUUACUUGGGCUGCAAGAUCUUUGGGACAAGAUGGUCGGCAGCAGAAUAUGUGAAGUCCCGCCUGCCUGAAGUCCUAAAACAACAUCUUCAAGACUAUGAGAAGGACAAGGAGAACAGUGUGCUGUCUUACCAAACCAUCCUGGAACAGCAGAUUUUAUCAAUUGAUCGAGAAAUGCUGGAAAAAUUGACUGUAUCCUAUGACGAAGCAGGUACAACUUGUCUGAUCGCGCUGUUGUCAGAUAAAGAACUCACAGUGGCCAACGUUGGUGAUUCACGAGGAGUCUUGUGUGACAAGGACGGGAAUGCUAUCCCCUUGUCACACGAUCACAAGCCCUACCAACUGAAAGAGAGGAAGAGGAUUAAAAGAGCUGGUGGUUUUAUCAGCUUUAACGGCUCCUGGCGUGUUCAGGGGAUCCUGGCCAUGUCCCGCUCGUUAGGAGAUUACCCUCUGAAGAACCUGAAUGUUGUCAUUCCUGACCCUGAUAUUCUUACCUUUGACCUGGACAAACUGCAGCCAGAGUUCAUGAUCUUGGCGUCGGAUGGUCUGUGGGAUGCUUUCAGCAACGAGGAAGCUGUCCGAUUCAUCAAGGAACGCUUGGAUGAACCACACUUCGGUGCAAAGAGUAUAGUUCUACAGUCCUUUUACAGAGGAUGCCCUGAUAACAUCACAGUGAUGGUGGUCAAGUUCAGGAAUAGCAGCAAAACAGAAGAACAGUAA